UUCUACCUCGGCCGAGCAGCAGCAGUAGAGCAGUGUAUGUCCAUUGAAAGUCGGAAGUUGUUUUUAGGCUAGUAAACUUUAACAAAAUGGCAGAAGACAACAGUUAUGAGUCGAUGCUUUGUGUAAAGCCUGAGGUUCACGUUUACCGGAUCCCUCCUCGGGCAUCUAACCGAGGAUAUCGUGCUGCUGACUGGAAGUUGGAUGAACCGGCAUGGAGUGGUAGAAUGAAAAUCACUGCCAAAGGCAAGAUGGCCUUCAUCAAGUUAGAGGAUAAAAACACAGGAGAACUGUUUGCACAAGCACCAGUUGAACAGUAUCCUGGUUGUGUAGUUGAAGCAGUCACAGACUCCAGCAGGUAUUUUGUCAUCAGGAUAGAAGACGGCAAUGGACGCCAUGCUUUUAUCGGGCUGGGUUUUGCUGAUCGUGGAGACUCAUUUGACUUCAAUGUUGCUUUACAAGACCAUUUUAAGUGGGUCAAGCAAGAAGGUGAGCUUGCAAAACUGGAAGCCUCUCAGAGCACAGCACCUAAACUGGACCUGAGCUUCAAAGAGGGUCAGACCAUCAAAAUCAGCAUUGGGAACAUUAAGAAGAAGGAUGCAGGAGGCGCCAAACUGAGACCUAUGGGUGGUGGCCUACUCCCACCUCCCCCAGGAGCAAAGGCAGGAGGUUUUCUGCCACCUCCUGGAGAACAGCCGACUGUUGCAGCUGCACAGACAAACACUGCUCCUCUUUUAGACUUUGGUUCUUCUGUACCUGCAGCCCAACCCAGCUCAGACUUGUGGGGAGAUUUCACAUCUGCAGGUUCCAACUCCAACAAAGAUGCUGUCAAAUCAGGCUGGGUGCAAUUUAGCUGAGCCGUGAGAAAAUGUGCACACACACUCAGGUUCCACACAUUCCUCGGACAGGACGAUUGUGACAAAAAGAAACUAAAAGAGAGGAACUGUUAGCAGGUUUCACCGGCUCAUUCAUUGCACUUACACUGCUCUAAUAAAAAAUAGCCCGCUGACCGACACACUCUGGAGGAACAAACAAUUAUGUACAUAAUUUUUACAUUUCUUUUUCACUUUCUACCACAUAUUUGGAUUGAUUUUAGUUGUCACUCUGCUCUUUAAGGCGAGUGUCUGUGCUUGAAGGGAAAAGCUGACUCUACACUAAGCAGGUCAAAUAUUCUUUCUCUGCCUUAAAUCAGAGGUUCCUUAUUUUAAUUAUUUCUAGACCUUUCACUGUUAAUCUGUCCAGAAUCAGAUUUCAUAGUCUUUGUGUUUUCUUGACAUCAUACACACAUCUUUCCGCUCCUGUCCUUGAAUGAUGUCAUUACAGCAGCAUCACUCAUCUCAAGUCUUUGUUUGCCUUGUGGGAAAAUAGUUGAGGUGUCCUUGUUUUAUUUAGCUGUGUACCAGCAUCUGUGUUUUGUUUGCAACUGUUUUUAUGUUUCUGUGUUUUGUUUGUAGUAGAAAGCUUUGUUGAUAUUUGAUGAUUAGUUUUACGUUAAAGCUUAUACCAUUUCUUUUUAAAUCAUAGAUUUUUGGAAAUUGUCAAGCUCAUUGUUUUGUCUGUUAAAAUAUCAACAUGUGUGGUUGAUAUUUUUAUGUCUAUGCAAAUCCUUCAUGUCGUCAUGCUUUUUAGAAUGUGCCUUUUACCCAACUCAAAUGUCCUUACUCUUCCCAACUUUGAUUAAGUGCCUUUCUGAAAAAGACCUAAAAUGUAUAAAAUACAAACCUAUGUCCUUGUGUAAAUAAACUAUAUAUUUCAUU